AUGACUACACCAACCCAAAUGUCUGAGGAAUUAGAAGCCAAUUACCUUUUUGCGAUGAGAUUAGCUAGUGCUACAGUACUGCCUAUGGUUCUCAAAACCGCGUUGGAGCUCGGCCUCUUGGAGAUCAUAGUUAUGGCGGGUCCUGUCGCGUUCCUUUCACCUUCCAACAUUGUAGCACAACUUCCGACAAAGAACCCUAACGCCCCGGUGAUGUUGGACCGGAUGCUGAGAUUACUGGCGAGCUACAACGUGCUCACUUACUCGAUUCGUGAUGGGGAAAGGCUCUAUGGAAUGACUCCACUUAGCAAAUUCUUAACCAAGAAUGAAGGUGGAUUGUCCAUUGCUCCUUUGUGUCACAUGGAUCAAGAUAAAGUUAUUAUAGACUGUUGGUACCACAUGAAAGAUGCAGUACUUGAUGCAGUACCAUAG